CUAAACUUCAUUGGAAGAAUUCUGAUUGAAUGUAAGGCUUUGUAACAUCAGUGCACAAGGAAGCUUUUGCUAGCUUUUUGGGUAUCAAUAUUAGAGGAAGUAACUUUUUCUUUGGUUAGAGGUCGUAACCUUUGACAUGGGGGCGGUUAUAAGUUCAUCAUCAGAGGAAGAGAAUGAGGAAGACGAGGUAUUUUCUGAAGAAGAAGAAAAAGUAGAAAUACGAUACGAAGAAAAUUUGAAAGAAAUAAAAACAGUCGAGUCAGAAUCAGAUUCUGAUAUUAGUUUUGACUCGAGUUCUGACAGUUCUAGUUCAGACGACUCGAGUUUUUUUGGCGACUCGACGGAAGAGGAUUCCGAAACUUCCAGUUAUGAAGAAGUUGAAAAUGAAAUUUUUGAAGGAAUCUUAUUCAGUAUGGGGAACCCCCUUCUUGAUUUGUCCACCAAUGUUGCAGAAGGAUUUUUAAAGAAAUAUAACUUGAAAACAAAUGAUGCAAUUAUAGCAGAAGAAAAACAUUUGCCAAUGUAUAAAGACUUGGUUGAUUUUUUUCCGAUAGAAUAUAUUGCAGGUGGUGCAACUCAGAAUUCUGUCAAAGUUUGCCAGUGGAUGUUGGGAGUACCGCAAGCCACUACUUUCAUAGGAUGCAUUGGGAAUGACGAAUUUGGUCAAAUAUUGAAACAAAAAGCGGAAGACGUCGGAGUGAAAACAGCAUACUAUGUACAAGACAAAGAACCCACUGGGACCUGCGCUGCAUUGAUUUGUGGGCAUGACAGGUCUCUUUGUGCUAAUCUCGCAGCAGCAAAUGAAUACAAGAAAGAACAUUUGGACCAGAAGGAGAACUGGGCUCUAGUAGAAAAAGCAAAGUUUUAUUAUAUUGCUGGUUUUUUCCUGACAGUAUCCGUUGACUCGAUCUUGGCAGUAGCAAAACAUGCGGCAGAAAAUGGAAAGAUCUUUAUGAUGAACUUGUCAGCUCCAUUCUUGUGUGAAUUCUUCAAAGAUCAACAAACAUCAGUUCUUCCCUACGCUGAUAUUUUAUUCGGAAACGAAACGGAAGCCGCAGUAUUUUCUAAAAUUCACAAUUUUGGAACUGAAGACGUCGCUGAGAUUGCUAAGAAAUUGGCUGGUUGGACCAAGAUCAACAGCACAAGGCAGAGGAUUGUUGUUAUAACACAGGGAGCUGAGCCUGCUAUUGUUGCUACUGGCCCUCACGAAGUUGCAAAGUACCCUAUAAUCAAAAUCAAACCUGAAGACAUUGUGGAUACAAAUGGGGCUGGAGACGCUUUUGUUGGAGGUUUUCUAUCGCAACUAGUAAAAGGAAAAAGCAUUGAGCAGUGUGUACAAGGAGGACAUUAUGCUGCAAAUCUGAUUAUUCAACGAUCAGGAUGCACUUUUCCAAAAGAAAAAUGCACUUUCGAAUCUUAAUCGAGUGUUUGUUAAAUAGAAAUGGAGUAUUUUAUCAUGUUUACCCGUAAGGAGUCGCUUAAAUCAAAAUGUUUUAUAUAAUCAGGAUCUGAUAAAACAAAUAACUGGCUAACUAAGUGGUUUUCAGAGAGUUUUAAUAGCCACUGACAUUAGAGUAGAUGUUGCGGCUCCGAGUAGGUUUUAGUUUGACGGAAAGAAUGCUAAUUUAUUCUCUUAAGCUUGCUGACCAAUGCCUUAUUGGGCCAGCUUUGAAAGCAUUUUACCCACCCAUCAUAGUUCAGACUCCACAUAUGCACAUCCAAUAAGCUAUACUGUGCACCGAUUUUGAAAUAAUAUAUUUUCAAAACUGACCUACCUACCUGACUCAUUGUUGUUAUUUUCAACUCAUUCACUGAAUAUUUAAAACAUAAACAUGAUAAAAUAAACCCUUUCUAAAUGAAAUUGAAUGUUUUAAUUGAGAAUGCCAAGGACUUGAUUUAUUUAUAAUUUACGGUACUUACUUUGCAAAUGUGGAUUGUGCAGGUAUAACCUUUGAAUGCAAGAUCAAUGGAUGUGGAGGCGUAUGAACUUUGAUACUCUUGUAGUAUGUGUACCAGGUUAUGGUUAGGCCAUAAUCCUAUUUUGACUUUCCGUAUUUAAGUUCUAAUUUCGACAACAGCUCUGAGAAAAAUCUCCUUGGCUCACACGAGUCUUCUUGAUCAGAUUGUCAAGAGUGAUUUAUAAAAUUUAUGAUUUUUUGAGCUUUAGUAAGAAGUUUUGGCUUGUUUUAUCAACUAUGAAAGUCUGCAGUUUCCCCUCUCUGACAUGAAGGAGUUUGGAAAUUCAACUCAGCCCCUGACCUAUUUGAAAUCAAGACUUCACUGCCCUGUUCAGAAAAAGCAAAAACAAGGCCAAAGCAAAAAACAAUAAUAUUCUCAUUUUUGAGUCUGCAAUUUUAUGCAUCAAUGAACAAAUCGUUACUUGAUCAAAAUGACCUUGAUUUAUUUAAUAAUAUCCUAAAUACCCUCCAUAUUUUGAAUAAAUUGUUGCAUAUGACAUAUUUAAUUGUGAUAUUGAUUGGGUGUCUGGUGGUAUCUGUUGUUUUGCUGGCCAUCAGCUACUUGUCCUUUAUGUAAAAAUAAUUUCAAAGCCCAUCUAACGCAGUGAUUCCCAAAGUUGAUUAACAGGAGGCCAAAAUUAGAAGCAGAAAGAUAUUUGUGGGCAGGAGGGUUACCGGUACAUAUGAUUAUCAAACUGUUAUGUGGGCCAUAAUUGAUCCGUGGGACGCAGUUUUGAAACCACUGAGCUAUAGUGAAUGAAAAUCUUUUAUAUUUAGCGUUGCUGAGAUCAAAAAUUAUGUUGCUGGGUCAGAUAUCAAUUAAAAUGAGUUGACUGGUGCUCAAGGAAGUGUGUUAACCAAAAAAAUUCAGUUUUCUUAUCAAUACGAUUAUGGUAAUUAUGUCCAGUUUGUAAAUGAAUCUGUGACUUCGGUUUGUUUGAAAUCUUUUAAAGUGAACACGGAAAAAUUCUCAUUCGAAUUUUUUUAUAAUUAUUGGUGACCAUGGUGCCUGACAUCUAUAUUGUUGCAAAAAAAUUUAUCUUUUGAAUGUUUUAUGUAAUUAAAGAGCUGUUCAAUUAA